UUCACACUUCCGGGUGGAUUGACGGCAGCGCGGCCAUGUUUCCGGCGGUGACUGGACCGAGAGAAGCGCUGACUCACGCACUUCGUGUUAAGCUCUUAUGCGUAAACCCCGUAGCUUUUGCGGCCGCGUUCGUGCGCAGCUUCACGGGCGCAAAGGACGAACGACCGCCGCCAUUUGACGCUUCGCUGCUGCGCGUGCUGGUGUGUCCGCUCUCCAAGAAAGCGCUCAGAUACGACGCUCAGACCAACGAGCUGAUCAACGACGAGCUCGGCAUCGCGUAUCCCGUCAUCCACGGCAUUCCCAACAUGAUUCCCCAGGACGCGCGGCUCAUCCAGAAGGAAGUGGACGCACAGUGAGUGAUGAAGUCUCUGUCCAUGAUGGUGGGCCUGGUCCCCGUCGUGUCCCUCUGCGGUUUGUUCUUCUCUGCCGCCGUGGACGACGACUUCCCCGAGGGCUGCAGCAGCAGCAGCAGCGUGUGCUUCUACAGUCUGCUGCUGCCGCUCACCGUCCCCGUCUACGUCUUCUUCCACCUGUGGAGCUGGAUGGGCCUCAAACUCUUCAGACAUAACUAAUGGAGCGCAGCACGUCUUUAUCCACGUUACAGCUACGGCUGCUGUGACGGGAGACAACACGACAUCGACUAAAGGUCAAUGAUGAUUCUGUUUAAUAACAACCAUGAAAACCUCUGUGAUAAUCUGAAUGUUGCCGUGGUAACAUACAGUUGUUCAGAAAUGACCUUUGACCUCAUCACAGCCUGUAUUUGGAUGUUCAGACAACGAAAAAACAAUAAAAUGUAUGUUCAUAGAAACA